CACACACCGCUCUUGGCAUUAGCCCACACUCCCGAGCUCCAAAAUGCACAGCACAGAACCACUAUUCUUGCACCCCGCUCUGACACCUGAUCUAUCCUCCCGGCUUCUUAUGCAAACAUUCAACUAAAUAUAGAUAGUGCGAGCUUCUGAUUCUGCUCAUUCAUGGCUCAACAGGAUGAGGGAUGGCCUUUCGGCUUACAGCCAUUGAAUGCGAGGAUUGGUUUAGCUGGAAACCGUGACAAUUCUGGUUCUGUCUCAUUCAACACCGCUGUCACCGGUUCUCCUUCUCUCUCUUCUUCUACAGAUUCUUCUUCAGAUUUAGACACAGAGUCAACUGGGUCAUUUUUCCCGGACAAGAGUAGGACGCUUGGGAGCCUGAUAGGCGUGUCAAGCAUUUUGGAGCUAUCAAGAAGAUCACUGAGAGGGGUAAAGACACAAGUGUUGAAGAGAAAGACGGGAGAGAAAUCCAAUUGGAGGUCAUGGUUAGGGUGUUCAUGCUGGAGGACCAGCCAUGAUGCCGGCAAUGAAGGGAAGGAGAAAAAUGUUGCAUCACUUGGCCAUUUUCUAGCUGAGGAAAGAAAAGCAGCUAUUGAGAACAGAAGGAACCAAAGCAUCCCCAUAUAUGGACCUGACGAUGAGUUUGUAUUGGCUCAAACCCAAAACACGGGACACUCAAAUUCUCUGUUUGUUAACGGCAACGUUGCUCCCCCAAACUGGGUGCAUCCAAAGAGAGAAAGGAAACGAGGGGGAUCAACACAAAUCAAUGGUUUUGGCUCACUUGCGGCCUUGUUUUCCUUUGCCUGUGUGCGUGCACAAUCUGCCCCAGCCUAAGUAUGUGCCCAUUUGAAGUGCGAAACUGGUGCAUUUUAACUCAGGUAGCCUUAUUUUUCUUUAGGAGAGUGGGUUUUUGGAGUGGAUGCAUUGGAGAUGAGCAAGUACUGAGUGUGAAAUUUGUGUUCCCUUCUUCAUUUUGAAUAAAAAUACGAAAGUAGGAAAAGAAGAAAGAAAAUUUUG